AAUACUAGAAUUUCUUCUUUCUUUAUCUAUACAAAUUCACAGUAAUGAAGAAAAUAUUAAUGAACACAUCGACACAUUCAAAUCAGUCUAAUGCAAGUCAACCAUCAUUAUUUCCGUUGGAGAAAUUUAAUAAAUCAUCAUCCAACCUGAAUAAUAUAGCCUACCAAAAAUAUAAAGUGUUCUAUGAACGUUUAUAUAAGUGUUUAUGUUAUUUGAAAACUGAAAAUUAUAAACUGCUUGAAAUGAUACGUAAUAGACAGUGUGUAAAACUUGACUACACAAAAACAUUGAACGAAUUCCUGGAUGAAUUCGCCUAUAAGGUGGCGAAUAAAAAGGAAGCAUAUGAAAAAAUGUUAAUCAGCCAAGCUAUGAAAGAAGGUCAGCAGACAUUUAUGGCAAAACGGUGGAAAGUACGCUAUUACAGCUUAAUGGAAUUAGGUUUAUUGAUAGAAAAGUUCUUGUUAAGAGAAAACAAUAAAGACUUGAAUAUGUUGCUCGUAAACAGUCAGAAAAGUGAUCAGGAGGAGAGAACAGUAGAGGCAAAAACAAAAGUCACACAGACAGAACAAAAUCUAAAAUUGAUCAGAUUUUUUGACGAGAUCUUAAAAUUACCAUGGUCCCAAAAUCAUAUAUCAGACAAGGAGAUUUUCUCUGUUGAUAAUGAUGUCAUCAUACUGAAUGAUCAUUUGUCUCCACUUCAUUCACCGAAACAAUCAGAAACAGUUGGUAUUAAUUUAAGCUGCUUAGACUUUAUUGAUUUUGACAAGGUUAGGUUAAACCAGCCAGACUGUAGUUGUGUAUCUUCUAUAUAUGAAUAUAAUGACUUUAUCAUACCUAUAUCGAGCAUUUUUAUCCAAGACUUGUUAGCCAAUCAUAAUUUGUGCACAGAAGAGAUUAAACAACAGAAUGAUAUGAAGUAUCGUUUAUUUCAUGUAUUGAAAAGAACCAAAGAACAACGGAAUCAGUUAAAGAAAUAUGUUAUGGAACAACAAGAAAAGAUACAGAUGUUGAGUAAAAAUAUCAUUGAAACAGAAAGAAUAAUAUCUACAUCACAAGCGGUUGAUAUAAACCAUCAAACAGUCAGUGGAAAGGAUAAUUUAACACCUGCCAAUGUGGUUGAUCAGUCUACCUUUCCAUACUGGAAAAGUGAAAGUGAUAAAGUAAGUGAACACGAAGAUGAGUACACUUUGCACUUGAAAUAUUUACAAAAUGAAAUUGACUAUUUGGCAUUUCGUAAACGAGAACUUCAAGGUAUGUUGUCUGAGGAAGAACAAAAAAGAAAGCUAUUGUUAAAGAAAAUGCAUAAUCUUGUCAAUACAGUACAUGUCAUAUGUCGCAUUAAACCAAAUCCUAAUAAUUACCUGCAAAUUAUAUCAGAUGACAAAAUUAUUAUACCAAAAACAAUAGUUGUUUCCACACCUAGACAGAUGGAAUACAAAAAGAGCGACAAGAAUACCGAUUCUACCAAUUAUACAAUUAAUAGUGCUAGUCAUCUACGCUGUUUUAUUUUUGACAAAGUAAUUGGACCAGAUAACAGUGAAUAUAAUGACUGGAUAAAGCAAAUAGGGACGAAUAAUGGUUUAUGGUUCAAAAAAAGUGGAAAAUCAUUUACAAUGUUUGGUACACUUAACAAUGAACAAACAACUAUGGAUGCUAAAUCUAACUUAGGUGGAGUAAUGUAUGACGUUACAAACGUAUUGCUAACGUCAAUCAACCAGAAAACAGUAGACAACUGGAGUUAUACUGUACGUGUACAAAUCCUGUCAGUGCGAGAUGACAGUGUGACAGAUAUUUUUAGAGAGAGGAAGUCAUCAAUGUUUAAUACAAUGGAAGCACGCUUUAUUGAUACCACAUUAAGAGAGAAUGACCGUAUCCAGAUUUCUUCACCGUCAUUGUGGGAAGAGUUUGAACUCAAUACAACCGAAGACCUUUAUCAUUUAGUCAAGUAUAUACAGGAAGUAGAAUAUCAGAAUAAGAAAUGUACCUCUUCGACAGAAUCAGAAUCCCAAACCAAUGGACAUUUGUUAGUCAGAUACAUGAUAAAAGGUACUAAUUCAUCUAGAGACCUGUUAACAGCUGUGGAAUCAAAUAUAAUUCUAGUGAAAUUAGCCAGCUGGGAACUGAAGAAUGAAGCCAAUAUUUGUGACAUUUUGACGCUGAACAAGAGGUAA